AUGGACAGCGAUCUUAGCACCUUUCGAUCGAGCUUGAUUCGCGAGGUGCAGCCAGAUUUCACCAUCACGGUCGGCUCAUAUCAGUGGAAGGUGCAUGCCAAAAAACUUCAAAAGUCCAGUUUCUUCCAAAAGCUCAUUGACAACAAACCUGUGCCUGGUAAUCAGAACGUGGUCCUCCAGGAUGAGGAACCGCUCUUGGUCGGCUAUCUUGUCCUCUGGCUGUACACGGGGGAAUACUCUGAGUGUACCACCCUAGACAUCCAGGACAUCAUGAAGAAUGGCAAAAUCAUGACCCCCGGAUCCCCUCUUCUAGGAACACCAACGGCUUCGAGUCCCCCCUGCUCGCAGGACGACGACGAGUGGGAUCCUCCAGUGGCUCUACACGCCAAGAUGUUCCUCCUAGCGGACAGGUUCGGUAUUGGCGAUCUCGUGAGAAAGGCCACCGACGACUUCAGGGCCGAGCUGAUCUGGAACGCCGACAGCGUCUUCAUCCCUAGUCUUCAAGAGCUAUUCGGCGGUAGUGGCUACGGCGCUGUCAAAACCUCUUCUACUCCUAUCCUCCACCCUAAGUCUUCUUCAAUGCCGUCCACACCACCACUCUCCAGCACAGACGGCGACAGUGACCGCGACGAUAAAGGCAACAGCGUUUACAGCUCUGCUCCCCUUCCUGGCAGCGAGAUGUUCGACCUCCUCGCAUCAACAGCCAGCAUUCCGACGUUCCUUAGCAAGAAUCUAGCCCAGCCAGGUUUCGAAAAAGUCAUGGUGGAGAACCCGGCUUUCCAAUUCGAAGUCCUCCGUCGCGUCUCCCUUGAACUAGACAAUUGCAAACACGAGAUCGAGUCCAACACCCCGAAGCCGCCGGCAGUUAAGACCACCCGCAGAAAGAAAGCGCCCAGCAAGAGUGUAGAGAGACAAGAGCCAAAAGCCAAGAAAGCAAAAAUUGAGGCAGCGGUUGAUCAAGAGAGAGUGGACAAUGAUUGA